AUGGCUUCAUCUUCUUCCUCUGCUCCAUCUUCUCAAUCUCCAAAAAAAUAUGAUGUUUUUAUUAGCUUCAGAGGUGAGGACAACCGCUUCAAUUUCACAAGCCACCUUCAUGAAGCUCUUCGCACAAACCAAAUAGAUACAUACAUCGACUAUAGACUUGAGAAGGGAGAUGAGGUAUGGCCGUCUCUUGAGAAAGCCAUUAAAGAUUCAACUCUGUUCCUUGUGAUCUUCUCAGAAAACUAUGCAUCUUCCACGUGGUGCCUGAAGGAGCUUGCAAAAAUAUUCGAGUGCUCCAAAAAUCAAGAUCACCUUGUUAUGCCGGUGUUCCAUAGGGUGGAUCCGUCACAUGUGAGGAAGCAGUCUGGGAGUUACGAGAGAGCAUUUGAAGAACAUGAGCGCAAAAUAAACAUCAACAAUCAACAACUGCAAAGGUGGAAGGAGGCUCUUACUCAAGCUGCCGGUUUGGCUGGUUGGCAUUGUGGCUUCAAUAGGUAA